AUGUCCGCCUUCGCAGAUGGGACGGCAGGCCAACGCGCUCGUGGUGGCGGAAAGCGCAACGGCGGCAGGGCUGCCGCGGCCAAGGGCGGUCCCUCGGGCAGGCAGUCGCAGGAUGCGGAUGGGGGCGACGAGGGGGAUCAUGCCGAGCCGGUCACUACCCGUGGUGGCGGAAAGCGCAACGGCGGCAGGGCUGCCGCGGCUCAGGCCGAUCCCUCGGGCAGGCCGGCGCAGGAUGCGGAUGGAGGCGACGAGGGGGAUCAUGCCGAGCCGGAAGCUCGUGGUGGCGGAAAGCGCAACGGCAGCAGGGCUGCCGCGGCCAAGGGCGGUCCCUCGGGCUUGCAGGAUGCGGAUGGGGGCGACGAGGGGGAUCAUGCCGAGCCGGUCACUACCCGUGGUGGCGGAAAGCGCAACGGCGGCAGGGCUGCCGCGGCUAAGGCCGAUCCCUUGGGCAGGCCGGCGCAGGAUGCGGAUGGAGGCGACAAGGGGGAUCAUGCCGAGUCGGAAGCUCGUGGUGGCAGAAAGCGCACCGGCGGCAGGGCUGCCGCGACCAAGGGCGGUCCCUCGGGCUCGCAGGAUGCGGAUGGUGGCGACGAGAAGGAUCAUCCCGAGCCGGAAGCUCGUGGUGGCGGCAUGCGCAACGACGGCAGGGCUGCCGCGGCUAAGGACGGUCCCUCGGGCAGGCACUCGCAGGAUGCGGAUGGUGGCGACGAGAAGGAUCAUGCCGAGCCGGAAGCUCGUGGUGGCGGCAUGCGCAACGGCGGCAGGGCUGCCGCGGCUAAGGCCGAUCCCUCGGGCAGGCCGUCGCAGGAUGCGGAUGGAGGCGACGAGGGGGAUCAUGCCGAGCCGGAAGCUCGUGGUGGCGGCAUGCGCAACGGCGGUAGGGCUGCCGCGGCCAAGGGCGGUCCCUCGGGCUCGCAGGAUGCGGAUGGUGGCGACGAGAAGGAUCAUGCCGAGCCGGAAGCUCGUGGUGGCGGCAUGCGCAACGGCGGCAGGGCUGCCGCGGCUAAGGGCGGUCCCUCGGGCAGGCAGUCGCAGGAUGCGGAUGGUGGCGACGAGAAGGAUCAUGCCGUGCCUGCAUGCCGUGGCGUUAACGAUCAUGAUGAGGACGAGCUUGCAGCAGUGACUGAUGGGAAAGGUGGACGUAAAGCUGUGAUUCCGUACCAACGGCGCAAGGCUGUGGAUCCGGGCAGUUGCGACCAUAAGGCGAGACAAGCUCGGCACGGCCCCAAUGUGCACGUUUCGAGCUCGUCUGGUUCCGAGGAAGAUUCGAGCGACAGUGAGUCGGGCAGCUCAUCCGGGAGUGAGGAGGUAUACGAGGACGAGGAUGAGGAGGAGGAGGACGAGGAUGAUGAGGAGUUGGAGGUGGAGAGCGAGGAUGGGGAGGAGGCCCGGCCUUUGAAGAGGAGGAGUGUGCGGAAGCCCAAGAAGGGCAACGCUAAGCAAAAAUCGGAGAGGGGACGGGUGAAGAGCUGUAAACAGAGUGUGCGUCGUGCCAAACCACAUGGCAAGCGCCAGAGACCUCGAUUCGAAGCUAAAAUUGUGGGUGUGCAUAGCAAGGCGAAGCGGGAGUUGAAUUUUUACGAGUCCAUGGGGAUACGAUGUACAUCAAGCUCUCAUGAUCGGCAAGCCGCGGACCCGUACGCUGCGUUACGCGAUCCGAUGGGUUCGGCUGGGAAGGGAGAUCAGAUGGCUUGGGGGUCAGCGCGGUUUGGCAGGGAAGCGACGGACCCGCCCCCCAACCAUAUGGGGGGUCGCGCGGUUCAUGUGAAAAACGAGGGGGCAACAAAGCGGCACGAACCCUCGGCAGCUGCAGCAGCGAAUGACGGUGUGGGAGGAGGUGUGUGGGCGAAUGCCUUGGGUGAAUGUGGCGGCGGUGUGGAAGGCUCCAUGUGGGAUGUACGGGAGAGCAGGGGAGAAGGGGGGGACGAGAAAAUGGAUCCGGCGACUAAGGAGGGGAGGGGAGAGAGCAUGGGCACACCUGGCGCAUCCAGUCGGCCGGAUGUGGCUGGCGGCAGGACUGUGGAGCAGCUCAUGCGAGAGCUUGCCCAGCGGGAUCGCGAAAUCGCUGCAGUCAAGGCAAGGCCAGGAUCAGAAGGACCUGUCAAGCCCUCCACCCCUCCAUCUAGGCCUCCUCCUCUAGCGUCUCUGUCGAGCGGCCCAUCUAUAGGGGGCCUCGAUCCAGGCGUGGCGCCAGAAAGCCCAGCGACGGUAGACGUACCGGUCCGUCGAACGCGUGGGAUGCCCACACCCAAGCUGCUGAAGUUAUCCAUCCUCCAUUGGCCCCUCUCUCCCAUCCCUUCCCACCCUAAACCAGAGCCCCUGUUCAUGGUGCUGGUGCUGGUGUGGGUGGCACGCGGCGCAAGGAUAGCUCAUUGUAGCAGUUAUCCUUCCUAUCCCUCCCCCCUCUCUCCCAUCCCUCGCCUAGCUCUUCCAGAGCCCCUGUUCCUGGUGCUGGUGGUGGUGUGGGUGUCAUGCGGCGGAGGGAUAGCUAAGAAUAGCA